AUCGUGUCGUGGUCGAUGCAGAGUAUCCUGCGACAGCUUGGGUGGUGCAGUCCAGCGCAGCACAUUCUUCGACGUAGCCGAUAUUCUCUCUGCAGUCGUGCCUAUUCCGGAGCGCCCUUUGUUCCCCCGGCCCAGCUGGCAGAGCAGCCAAGGCUCAAGCUAACGAUAGACGCCAAUGGGGUGCCGGACUGGCAUGGAGCGACAACAGAAGAGGUGAAUGCUGCAAUAUCAGACGAUGCAAUGAAGGAGAUACUGCUUGAUCCAGAAAUUCGUGGCCAGUCGAAACUUGCGCCAGAGUCUCCUUCCUUCUACACUGGCCGCGCUCCCUACUACGACACCGUGACCUCCCUUCAAAUGGCCCUCGGCCAAAUACGAGCAACCCUCAAGACCCUCCAGCUCCUGCCUCUACCUUCAUUUGCUCGCGCCAGUCUUCUGCCUAUGCCCCCGUUGUGGAAGAAUCUUGAGGAAAUGUCUUCCGAGGUCGGAAUGAAACUCAAUACUACUCGCUACCGCCGUCUUCUUGUGGUUCUGAAUGAGCUGCAUGAAUGUCUCCGUAUAGCCACUACCGCAGGUCACACCGAGUUUGCAGAUAUGAUUGAACAGGUCGUGGCCAUGUUUGAACGUGGGGAGAGCCAGAAGGAAGAGUACAUGUCUCGUGGAAAGAGAACAAUAGCAGAAUUGGAUCAAUUUGGCCGCUCGUACACACUGGGCAGACGAAAGACCAGUUCUGCCCGUGUAUGGAUUAUUCCCGUUCAGAGCGCUCAACCAACACCUGAGCCUGACGUUACGCAGGCUACAACGACGGUGUCUCCAGAGGCCAUUUCUGAGACAGAAUUGCAUGACCUAUUCAGCGGUCUUUCUUCACAAGAGCCGUUGUCGCCAUCAGAGACCGACACAAACUCGUUUUCACCUUCCAUGUCCAGCGACUUCGAGGAGGCACCUGAAGCGGAAGAGACGGGAAAUACUACCCAGGCAUCCUUCCGAUCUAGCUUGGAUAGCCUUUUGCAGACCUCGGCCGAUUCAUAUGCGUCGCAGGCUUCUCUCGUCGACGAGGACGGGCCCAUACUUCAGAACGACUCAAUUCCCGAGGGUUUUGACGAUUCUUCUUCACUUCCCAACGAUGACCACCAUCCUCUCAUUCAUGACGGCUCAGACACCCGAAUCCAGACAUUGCAGCAUUCCCAGCGAACAAAUUCCAACGUAAAAGUUGUUGAUGUACCCGCCACGACAAUACUUGUCAAUAACCUCCCGUUAUCACAAUAUUUUCCGAAAAUUGUUGACCGGGAACGCGUUGUGUAUCCCCUGAAGGUCGCAGGUGUUCUCGGAAAAUUCAAUGUUUUUACUAUAGCGCGUGGGGGUGGUUCCACCGGACAAACUGGUGCUAUUGCACAUGGCAUCGCGAAAGGGUUGUUGGCUCACGACCAAGAACUCCUAACAGUUCUGCGCAAAGCUAAUCUGAUCAAGCGUGAUCCCCGUGUGGUGGAGAGAAAAAAGACUGGUCUUGCCAAGGCCAGGAAGAGGUAUACCUGGGUCAAACGCUAGUUUCGAGGCUUGACUUGAUAUUACAAAUCCAUCCCAGACAUGCACAACGCGUGAGAUAGGGUGUAUUUACUAAAGAUAAUAAACAUACAAUAAAGGUCAGAAAGAAACCCAUACAUAAGAUAAUUCGAAGUGAGUAAUAACAAAAUAAACAUCAUCAUUGGAAAUAUAUCUGCAAAACAUCGUUUUGUCCAAAAGCCAGGUUACAGGA